UACGUUAUCACGCAGGUUGAAAAAUAUGUCAAAGAAGAAGAAAGAAACGAAAAAAACAAAUUAUUUUGGAAGUUGACAUCCAAACAAGUCCUUCCUCUGCCACUAUAAAUAUCCCUUCAUCGCCACCAAAAUUUCUACUUUCUGCACGUUUCUUCCUCAGUCACUACCAAACUUCAGCGAAUUGAAACUCUGCGGAAUCGAAUACAAUCCAAUCCAAUCCAAUCCUUCGUUUUCUUCAUUUCGCCCUUUUCUGGUUCGUCACAGAAUUCGAUCGGUUUCUUUUUUUUUCCUUUACUACAUUCUUGCAAUUUCUUGAAGAUUCAUGGCAAUGGCGGAGGAAACUGCAAUCGCCCCCUAUGCCGCCGGCGGUGCCCUCGCCGAAGUCGAGAUCGGUCCAUAUUCGUUCAAGGGCGAACUGGCCCGCAUUGUCCGAGGAGUCAUUGUAGAAGUUACGAACGUGGAGCAAGCAAAAAUCGCAGAGGAUGCCGGCGCCUGUUGCGUCUUGCUCUCCGAGCCGAUCCACGAAGGCAUUACGCGAAUGCCGGAUCCGCUGCUAUUCAAAGAAAUCAGGGGCGUUGUUUCGAUUCCGGUGAUCGUAAAGGUCCGCGUCGGGCAUUUCGUCGAAGCUCAGAUUCUUGAUUCUGUUGGUGUGAAGCACAUCGAUGAGAGCGACGCUGCGUCGGUUGCGGACGAGGAGAAUUUUAUCAACAAGCAAAAUUUUCCGGAGACCUAUUUUGUGUGUGGAUGUCGAAGCCUGGGCGAGGCGUUGAGGAGAGUGAAGGAAGGCGCGACAAUGGUGAAGACUCAAGGGGGCGUCGCGGCGUCUGCUUUAGGUGACAUUGUGGAGACGACGCGCAAUGUUAGGUCUGUAAUGGGAGAAAUUAGACAGUUACACAAUAUGGAUGACGAUGAGGUUUUCGCCUUCGCCGAGAAGAUCGCAGCGCCUUAUGAUCUUGUCAAGGAAACCAGGCAAAUAUGCCGGCUACCGGCGAUCCAUUAUGCGGCCGGAGGAAUUUCGACUCCGGCGGAUGCGGGUUUGAUGAUGCAGUUGGGCUGUGAUGGAAUCUUUAUUGGAUUGGAGAUAUUCGACUGCGCCAAUCCCCGUGACCGAUUGAGGAGAAUGGUCCUGGCAGUGAAGAAUUACAACGAUCCCAACAUUCUUGCGGAGGCUAGUUUUGGUUUCGGCGCCGCAUGAGAAUUGUUCACAACGGAGUAAAUAGUCUUCUUCUUCUAUAGUUCUUUGUAUGUUUCUGAUCAUAUACCUCUUUUCUAGUAUAGAUUCUGAACAGAUUGUUACAUUUUCGACCGUCGUCCUCCCCAAUUGUUGAGAACAUAUAGAAUGUUUUCUUGUUUAGAGUGUCAAAUUCUUGAGAUUGAUAUGAUUUUCAUGCAAUAGAAAUUACAGAAUCGUACCAUUUUUCUGUUCAUUGGUUUUUACUUCUCAAGGAGAAAAACAGGGGAACCAUUUGGGUUACUCUUCUGGGGGUUCUGGUGUUAUUUAAAUUGAUUCUUUAGGGAACCAUUUGGCUUAU